AUGAAAGCCUCACCAGGCCCAACCAACGUUGAUGUCUGGCGUCUGUCCAUCCAGGACCUAUUUACAGCGGAAUAUGCUCGGAUACCGGUAAGCGUCGACGCGUUACCGGCCGGACGCACAAGGUUUCCCAAGCUUAAGGGACCUGAGGCGGAUAGCUUGCUAGAUCUUUUUCGACGCUGUUAUGUGUCAGCUUCUGGAAGUUUCGCCGACUGGAAACGACUGGCUCAUCAGAUCAGCAAAGAACUCCUCCUGACGAAGUGGGCAUUCAAGGAGAUCAUAAGAAAAUUAGUCAGUCAGCAAAAGUGGGCCACUGCUCCUGUCCCCAAUCAAUGGGCAGAAGUCGUGCUGGCGGGUAAUACGGCUCGCCAAAUGGGCGGGGAGAACAAAGGGAGCAUAACCUAUGAAGAUUCUAUGUUUGACCCGGCGAAAUUCUCGUCGGAAGACUCGAUUACACUAAAGGCCAUAUGUGUGGCCCGGCUAGGUAACACGGGCUUCCAACGGCUACGUGAGGGGUCUGAUGACGAAUGGCGCAUUAUUGUGGGUAUUGCCGAAGGGCAUAUAGUCUGUCGCCGGAUGCCAGACUUUCUACGAUCGGUUCUGGACAGCAAGGAACGUCUUCGGCUGAACAGUACCGUUCAGGCACAAGUGGAGGGUCAAUUAGUUCUCCAUAUCAGCGGUGGGCGUGACAUUCCUCUAAGUCGUCAGACACGGAGAAGAUUCUGGAAUUAG